AUGAGUGGAAGAACAAAGACAAGAAGGGCUGCCAGGUUUUUCAGAGGCUGCUCUGACGAAGCCAGCUGUAGCUCGAGUGUGAAUAUUUUGCAAUCAGAGCCUGAAAACCCUGACACAAACAGGUUAACUCGACCAUGGAAGAUUAUCCUAUGUGUGAUUCUUGGAUUGACUUUCCUUUUCAUAGGACUUCGAAGUCUUCAGUGGCUUAAAGAAAUAGAGUUUCCUCAAAAAUCCAGACAAGUAUAUUCUGUAAUUGGAGAAUUUGCUUCAAGGCUUUAUAAUUACCAGGCCAGACUUCGUAUGCCUAAAGAACAACUGGAACUUUUAAAGAAGGAAAGCCAGACUUUGGAAAACAAUUUUCGUGAAAUUCUAUUUUUAAUUGAGCAAAUAGAUGUUCUGAAGGCAUUGCUCCGAGAUAUCAAGGAUGGUGUGUACAAUCAGAGCUGGGGCGCCCACGGAGACCCUCCCGGGUCUCAGAACGCCACGGAGGAAAUGUCUAACUUGGUCAAUUAUGUACUUAAAAAGUUGAGAGAGGACCAAGUCCAGAUGGCUGAUUAUGCCCUGAAGUCGGCUGGAGCUUCCAUCAUUGAAGCCGGGACUUCAGAAAGUUACAAAAAUAAUAAAGCAAAAUUGUACUGGCAUGGGAUAGGUUUCCUAAAUUAUGAAAUGCCUCCAGAUAUUAUUCUUCAGCCGGAUGUCUACCCUGGAAAGUGCUGGGCCUUUCCAGGUUCUCAGGGUCAUACCCUUAUCAAGCUUGCCAGGAAGAUUAUACCAACUUCUGUUACCAUGGAGCACAUCUCAGAAAAGGUGUCUCCCUCAGGAAACAUCUCCAGUGCACCCAAGCAAUUUUCUGUCUAUGGUAUCUUGAAAAAGUGUGAAGGAGAUGAAAUUUUCUUAGGUCAAUUUGUAUAUAACAAAACGGGAACCACUGUCCAAACAUUUAAACUCCAGCAUGCAGUUUCUGAAUCUUUAUUGUGUGUGAAACUUAAAAUUCUCAGCAACUGGGGACACUCAGAAUAUACUUGUUUAUAUCGAUUCAGGGUCCAUGGCACCCCAAGUGUCCACACCUAG